CGGGGAUACUUUGGAAGCCAGGCUUUCUCCUAAACUUGUGCAAUUGGAUGGUUAGAUGUCGGGUGCGGGAGGCUUUCGGAAAAUACGAAUAUAAAAUAUAUGCGAGUGGUAAUUGUGUCCACCGCUGAUCACCCAAGAAGAAGACAGGAAUGAAGGAUACAGAUGGGAAUGCAGCGGGCAAAGCGACGGUUAAGGAGCUAGAUAAUAAAGAGGUACAGGUGGCCGUGACCACGAAUGCGCCUGUCUCUUCGCAUUGCUCUGCGAAUCCAUGGAAGGACGCGAUAAGCGAGGUACGUCUCCUCCUUUUCGUAUGUUCCGAGUCACUGAUUGGCCUCAAAUACGUGCAGAUGUUCCUAUUCUUCAUAAUUAUCGCGUGCUGUUGGAAACAAUACGUACCAAUUUUUUGCAUACAGGGUCAACGCUGCAUAUUGAUCUGGACAAUCGACACCAAAAAGUUAUUGGGUCGAUGGCGUAGUUGGUUAUCGCAUCUGUCUAACACACAGAAGGUCCUCAGUUCGAGCCUGGGUCAACUCACUUUUUAUCCUCAUUAUCAGGAUUCAGCCACAAAUGACAAGAAUCAAUUUAAGAAAUGCAUUCAAUCAAUGUCGUAGCCAGUGGCCACUGACUUGAGGUUGAAGUCUUUUGGCUGACCUUCCCGGCCCGGGCCUCUGUAACGUGGAGAGGGUCCCUCGUGCUGUCCGAGUCCACAAGUUAUCUUUCCGGCAAGUACCAAAUAUUCGCUUGAAGC